GAUGGGGGGUCAUCGGGUGGAGAGGCGCAGAGCUCAGCCGUCCGCCCCGGGGUUUAGCCUCGGUCCCCACCUGCCCUGGAGUCCCCGCGCUUCUGCUCCGGCCGCAGCCCCGGGCGGUCUGUGCAGUCAAGCUGGCCGGGGAAGGGCCCUGCCUGAGCGCUGGCAAGGCGGCUCCUGUCUGGGACGAGAUGGAAGAUGGAGUUUUAUCAUUGAAUGAUGAUGACAUUGAUGAUGACUGUCAGAUUCCAAACUUCCACAAAUGUGAAAUCUGCUUGCUGUCCUUUCCAAAAGAGUCCCAGUUUCAGCGUCACAUGAGGGAGCAUGAACAAAAUGACAAGCCACACCGCUGUGACCAGUGCCCCCAGACAUUUAAUGUUGAGUUCAACCUGACGCUUCAUAAAUGUACGCACAAUGCCGAAGACCCUGUCUGCCCCGUGUGCAACAAGAAGUUCUCCCGAGUGGCCAGUCUCAAAGCACACAUUAUGCUCCACGAGAAGGAAGAGAACCUCAUUUGCUCUGAGUGUGGGGAUGAGUUCACGCUGCACAGCCAGCUGGCCAUACACAUGGAGGAGCACCGGCAGGAACUGGCGAACAACCGAGUGCACACCUGCAAGGCCUGUAAGAAGGAGUUCGAGACGGCGCCAGAGCUGAAGGAGCACAUGAAGACUCACUGUAAAGUUAGGGUAUCAGGUACAAGAUCUUACAAUCGGAACAUUGACAGAAGUGGCUUCACAUACUCAUGUCCACACUGCGGAAAGACGUUUCAAAAGCCCAGUCAGUUAACGCGACAUAUAAGGAUACACACAGGUGAAAGGCCAUUCAAAUGUAGUGAGUGUGGAAAGGCUUUUAACCAGAAAGGGGCACUGCAGACCCACAUGAUCAAGCACACAGGAGAAAAGCCACAUGCCUGCGCCUUUUGUCCUGCUGCCUUUUCCCAGAAGGGGAACCUGCAGUCCCACGUGCAGAGAGUCCACUCAGAGGUAAAAAAUGGGCCUACCUAUAACUGUACAGAAUGUAGCUGCAUAUUCAAAAGUUUAGGCAGCUUGAAUACUCAUAUCAGCAAGAUGCACAUGGGUGGACCCCCGAGCUCCACAAGUUCUGCGGAGACUGCACAUGUCAUAACGGCCACGAUUUUUCAGACUUUGCCUCUGCAGCAGGUGGAAGCCCAGGUCUCUUCAGUCUCCAGUCAGCAGAGCUCUCAGGCAGUGACAGAUGUAAUUCAGCAGCUUCUGGAACUGUCUGAGCCGGGGCCAGUGGAGGCGCAGCAGUCCCCACAGUCUGGGCGACAACUCAGUGUGACAGUGGGCAUCAACCAGGACAUCCUCCAGCAAGCCUUAGAAAACAGUGGGCUGUCUUCACUUCCAGUUGCAGCACCUCCCAGCGACUGCAGCCAUGCUCAGACGUCUACAGUGGCUCCUCAGAGUCCACAUGCCUCUAGUGUUGCUGCAGAGCAAGCUGAUCCCAUGGAUGCAGGGCAGGAAAAGGCGCAGGAAGGCCCUGAGAAGACGGAUAAGAAAGAGAGGAAAAUCAUGAAGAAGAAAUCUCCGUUCCUACCUGGCUCCAUUCGUGAGGAGAAUGGGGUACGGUGGCACGUGUGUCCCUACUGCACAAAGGAGUUCCGGAAGCCGAGUGACCUCGUGCGCCACAUCCGCAUCCACACCCAUGAGAAGCCCUUCAAAUGUCCACAGUGUUUCCGGGCCUUUGCCGUGAAGAGUACCCUGACUGCUCACAUUAAAACUCACACUGGCAUCAAGGCGUUCAAGUGCCAGUACUGCAUGAAGAGCUUUUCCACCUCAGGGAGCCUCAAGGUGCACAUCCGUCUACACACAGGAGUUAGACCUUUUGCUUGUCCUCACUGUGAUAAAAAAUUCCGAACCUCAGGCCAUAGGAAGACCCAUGUAGCCUCCCACUUUAAACACACGGAGCUGAGGAAGAUGAGGCACCAGCGCAAGCCUGCCAAGGUUCGAGUCGGCAAGAGCAGUGCUCCUGUCCCCGACAUUCCUUUGCAAGAACCGAUCCUUAUAACUGACCUAGGUCUUAUCCAGCCCAUUCCAAAAAACCAGUUUUUCCAAAAUUAUUUUAAUAAUAAUUUUGGCAAUGAAGCAGAUAGACCAUACAAGUGUUUUUACUGUCAUCGAGCAUAUAAAAAGUCCUGCCAUCUGAAACAACACAUCAGAUCACAUACGGGUGAAAAACCUUUCAAAUGUUCUCAGUGUGGAAGAGGCUUCGUCUCUGCAGGAGUGCUCAAAGCCCACGUGCGCACGCACACUGGACUCAAGUCUUUCAAGUGUCUGAUCUGUAAUGGAGCCUUCACCACAGGCGGUAGCUUGCGGCGGCACAUGGGCAUACAUAACGACCUCCGGCCCUACAUGUGUCCCUAUUGCCAGAAAACGUUUAAGACCUCACUGAACUGCAAGAAACACAUGAAAACCCACAGAUAUGAACUGGCCCAGCAGCUCCAGCAGCAUCAAGAGUCUUCCUCCAUGGAUGACAGCACUGUGGACCAGCAAAGCAUGGAAGUGUCAGCUCCCAUGCCUGUGGAGAUUGAAAGUGCAGAGCUGCAGCAGACACCAGAGACCGUGGCGGCAGACCCCGAGGCCAUUCUAGAACUGGGGCCACAGCAUGUGGUCGGCACAGAAGAUGCAGCACUUGGACAGCAGUUGGCAGAUCAGCCCUUGGAGGCUGAUGAAGAUGGGUUUACAGCUCCCCAGGAUCCUCUCCCAGGGCACAUGGACCAGUUUGAGGAGCAGCCCACUCCACAGCAGUCCUUUGAGUCUGCAGGGCUUCCGCAAGGGUUCACAGUGGCCGACACGUACAACCAGCGGACUCCCUUCCCACCUGUGCAACAGCUGCAGGCUUCUAGCACACUUGAGUCCCAGGCCUUGUCCACGAGUUUCCACCAGCAAGACUUACUGCAGGUCCCAGGCUCUGACACCAUCAACGUGGCAACUCGUUUGCUUCCAGAGUCAUCUCAAGAGGAUCUGGACCUACAAACACAGCGUCCACAGUUCCUGGAGGACAGCGAGGACCAGAGCAGGCGCUCUUACAGGUGUGACUAUUGCAGCAAAGGCUUCAAGAAGUCCAGUCACUUGAAGCAGCAUGUGCGCUCACACACGGGGGAGAAGCCCUACAAGUGCAAGCUCUGUGGGCGUGGUUUUGUCUCCUCUGGUGUCCUCAAGUCCCACGAGAAGACACACACAGGAGUCAAAGCGUUCAGCUGCAGCAUCUGCAAUGCGUCUUUCACCACCAACGGGAGCCUCACACGGCACAUGGCCACGCACAUGAGCAUGAAGCCUUACAAGUGUCCGUUCUGUGAAGAGGGCUUCCGCACUGCGAUCCACUGUAGGAAGCACAUGAAGAGACACCAGGCUGUCCCAUCGGCAGCCUCUGCAGCUGCAGAUGCAGAGGGAGGAGAUACAUGUGUAGAGGAAGAGGAAGAAAAUUCUGACAGAAGUGCAUCAAGAAAGCCUCGUCCUGAGGUCAUUACUUUCACAGAGGAAGAGACAGCCCAGCUGGCCAAAAUCCAGCCCCAGGAGAGUGCUACGGUAUCUGAAAAGGUCUUGGUGCAGUCAGCUGCAGAGAAGGACCGCAUCAGUGAGAUGAAGGACAAGCAGGCAGAGCUGGAGGCUGAGCCCAAGCAUGCCAACUGCUGCACAUACUGUCCGAAGAGUUUCAAGAAGCCCAGCGACUUGGUGAGGCAUGUUAGAAUCCACACUGGAGAAAAGCCGUAUAAGUGUGAGGAGUGUGGGAAGAGCUUCACUGUUAAGUCCACACUAGACUGCCACGUGAAGACUCACACAGGCCAGAAGCUGUUCAGCUGUCAUGUCUGCAGCAAUGCCUUCUCCACAAAAGGAAGUCUGAAGGUGCAUAUGCGCCUGCACACAGGGGCAAAGCCGUUCAAGUGCCCUCACUGUGAGCUGCGCUUCCGUACUUCAGGGCGGAGGAAGACUCAUAUGCAGUUUCAUUACAAAUCAGACACCAAGAAGGCCAGGAAGCCUGUGACACGAAGCUCAUCAGAAAGUCUCCAGUCUGUGAACCUCCUCAACUCCUCUUCCACGGACCCCAAUGUGUUCAUCAUGAACAACCCCGUUCUCACAGGGCAGUUUGAUCAGAAUGUGCUUCAGCAGGGGCUGGUGGGUCAGGCCAUCCUUCCCGCCUCCGUUUCAGCUGGUGGGGACUUGACAGUGUCUUUGACUGAUGGGAGUCUGGCUACCCUGGAAGGCAUCCAGUUACAGCUGGCUGCUAACUUGGUUGGACAAAAUGUUCAGAUUUCUGGACUUGAUGCAUCCAGCAUCAACAAUAUCACACUGCAGAUUGAUCCGAGCAUUUUGCAGCAAACACUACAACAGGGCAACCUGCUUGCUCAGCCAGUCACAGGGGAGCCUGGCACGGCCUCACAGAACAAUUCUCUUCAGACAUCAGACAGCACGGUCCCAGCCAGUGUUGUCAUCCAGCCCAUCUCAGGCCUGUCCUUACAGCCCACAGUGACGUCUGCCAAUCUGACCAUUGGCCCACUCUCUGAACAGGACUCUGUGCUGACAACCAGCAGCAGUGGGACCCAGGACCUCACUCAAGUGAUGACCUCACAAGGCCUCGUGUCUACUUCGACGGGCCCCCACGAGAUCACCCUGACCAUCAACAACUCAAGUCUCAGCCAGGUUCUUGCACAGGCCGCUGGUCCCACUGCCUCUUCGUCCUCGGGCUCGCCACAGGAGAUUACGCUAACAAUCUCUGAACUUAAUCCUACAAGUGGGAAUCUUCCUUCUACAACACCAAUGUCGCCAUCAGCCAUUUCAACCCAGAACCUGGUCAUGUCUUCAUCAGGCGUGGGUGGUGAUGCCAGUGUCACCCUAACCCUGGCUGAUACUCAGGGCAUGCUGUCUGGAGGUCUGGAUACCGUUACGCUGAACAUCACCUCUCAGGGUCAGCAGUUCCCAGCACUGCUCACGGAUCCCUCUCUCUCAGGCCAAGGUGGAGCAGGCUCACCACAAGUCAUAUUAGUGAGCCACACUCCACAGUCCUCAUCUGCUGCUGGAGAAGAAAUAGCUUACCAGGUGACUGAUGUCUCUGCCCAGCUGACCCCCAGCAGCCAGCCUGAAAAGGAGGGCCCUCCGCACCAGUGCCUGGACUGUGAUCGUGCCUUCACGUCAGCUGCCGUGCUUCUGCACCACAGCAAGGAGCUGCACGGGAAGGAGCGCAUCCACGGCUGCCGCGUCUGCAGGAAGGCCUUCAAGCGUGCCACACACCUCAAGGAGCACAUGCUGACACACCAGGCUGGUCCCUCACUCAGCUCUCAGAAGCCCAGGGUCUUCAAAUGUGACACCUGUGAAAAGGCAUUUGCCAAACCAAGCCAGCUGGAGCGACACAGCCGCAUUCACACAGGGGAGCGGCCGUUCCACUGCACGCUGUGUGAGAAGGCCUUCAACCAGAAGAGCGCACUGCAGGUGCAUAUGAAGAAGCACACUGGUGAGCGGCCCUACAGGUGUGACUACUGUGUCAUGGGCUUCACACAGAAGAGCAACAUGAAGCUGCACAUGAAGCGAGCGCACAGCUUUUUGGGAACCUUGCAGGCAGCCACUGUGGUCCAGGAACAGGAUGGGGAAGAGCUAAGGACUCUCCACUUAGAGGAAGUGGUGCAGGAGGCGGCGGGUGAAUGGCAGACCCUAACCAAUGUGUUCUGAUGCCAAGGAAAGAGGCCAAGAGCAUCCGUGAAGUACGUUUGUGAAGAUCAGAGCACUCAGAGUUUCUGUUUUAAAACCACAAGUGUUAAAAAGCUACCACAAUAGUUUUUUAGCUAAAAUUAUCUAAAGAAUCAUUGUCCUUUAAAGACCAGCAAGAAAGACACUGGGCCAUACAUGCACUGUCCUCAUUUGUCUACAAAUCACAGAACCUGGGCACUGCCGUGGUGGCUUCUACCUUCUCAUGGCCAGUGAUGUCCUUAGCAGGUGAACUGGAUCUGAAUAUCAUUGCAGUGAGAUUCAUGUUAGCAAAAGACAAGUUAGCAUGGAAAACACACGUGUGGUAGCGUACGAAGCUCAGAAGUGGUGCCAUCACACAUGGAUGUUUUCCCACCUUUUACUCUGCAUUCUGCUGAUUAGUAGCAAUCAGUUCUUUUUAGCCCACUCUUAAGCUAAUGUAACUGAUGCCUUGAGAGAUGGCUGGACCAGUUCUCUCUCCACCACGGAUACCUAAUCCUUAGUUAGUUAGAAGAACACAAGAUCUGGUGGGUGACGGCAGGGCCACGGAGGAAAUCUGACCUGCAGGUGAGGACCAGCCGCUCACAUGGAUGUCCACAUGCUUGCUGCAUGAAUCUUUCCGGUCACAUGUGUUAGGUCACUGCAGAAGCACAAGCCAUACCCUGUGAGCAGGAAGUGAAAAGAGUUGUCUAAGGGACAGGUGGCUGUCUCCAUCCACCUCAGUAAAUUUAUCUGUAUUUUAAGGCUAAGGACCCACAAGAAGCCUGCAACUUUUCUUCUCAUGCAUUCGGAGGUUGUUUUCAUUUCAGGGAAUUUUUUAGUGUCAUCAGCCAUGCCACCUGAGACACAUCCCAAACCAAAUCCUCCUGCGCUGAGCAGUGUGUGCGCCUCAGCAUUCCAAAGACAGACGGUCCCCACUUCAUAUCGAUUCCCUUGGAGCUAUUUAUAUGUUCUAUUUGUAAAUACCCGUGUACAUAGGCAGACACGUGGGCCUCCAUGUGGCUGAGGAGUAUAUCUUGUAAAUAGAAGCACGAGUCGUCUUCACAGCGCAUCUGCGGCCACCCCCUGGUGCACCUCAGGCCCGUGUUUGUUCACUCUGUUAAUAAAGGGAUAUCUUUUUCACUGUAACGUAAAGCUGGGCUCUAUUUUUUUUUUUUUUCCUGAAAAAAAAACAAAAAAUUGCCUUUAUUUUCUCUCAUUGCCUCCUUGGUUUUCAGAAGAGAGCAUUUUUAUUAUAAAUAUUAUGUGGACUUGUUCACUAUGAGUCCUGAAGAGAGAGACAUUUCACUGUUACUUUGAAAGGGCAUCUUUUGAUUUUGUUCACUUUUGUCAUUUGUAUAUAAGUAAUAUUGACAGUGACAUAAAACUUUUGUUAUGUGAAAAUAUUUAAGUCAAGAGAACUGUUAAAUAUUAUUACUUUUUUUCCAAACUGAUUUGUGUAUUGUAUAUUUUUUUAAGAAGAAAAAAGCCUUACUUGACUUAUUGUGAUACUGGACUUAAAAACCUGAGGCUCCCUGAAUGUCAUUGUGUACACCUGGCCGUGGUAGUGUUUUCAGAAUAAUUGUAAUUGUGCGAGAGUUCUAAAGUCUCUGCUAUUAAUGCACUUUUUAUUUUAUAAUUUUGUAUUAAAGUAUUUUAGAAAUAUUAAUUAAGUUUAGUGAACAGAUAUCCCCCAAUUGAAAUUUUUGGAUUUAAGGUUUUUGUUCUUGCUGGGUUAUUUAUUUUCCUUUCAGCAUUAACUGUCAUCUCAGGACAUCUGUAGAGGGGCUGGCUACUUCCUGGUUGUGCAGUGAGUGCAGGGUGCUGACUGCGGCAGUUCAUCACCUCUGUAAGGAAGGUCUGACCAGGUGAAUCUGAAGCCUGCUUUUAUUUUGGUUAAGAAAAAGAAAAUGUACCAGUAAUCAAUUCUGUAUCUUUUCUCAGUUUAUUAGUAAGCAAACAUGACGUGUGUGUGUGUGUGUGUGUGUGUGUGUGUGUGUGUGUGUGUUUUGAUUUACUUCCUUACCAUCAAAGCUGCUUCUUUACCAACAUUCCUUGGAAGUACAAGGUUCUGAGAAGGUAGCUCACUUGAAUAUUGUGGUUUACAGGCUGGUCUCUGUAUUUUCAUGUUUGAAAUGCUGUUUUAGGAAAGUUGUUUCUAGCCUCAUAUGUAACCAGGGUCUUGAGGAUAGAGAACUGUAUUUUUAGAACUCUAUAUAACAUAUCUGUUUUGAAAUAACUAAAUGCAAAAUGACAUUAGGAAAUGUGGUGUUUGUGUUUUGUUUUGUUUUUAAAUCAUGCUUAAGAUAGACUAGUUGGGUGGGGAAUAAAUGUCAAUUCAGGUAUUUCUAGCAGGAAAAAAAAAAAACUGUAAUGAUGUUUCUUUUACCUAUGUGAAGUCCAGAGAAUGCAUAUCCUCUUUGUGUCUCCCUGAAGUACGUCCAGUUGGCAGUCAGAUAUGGCCCUUGAUAGAGCAUCCUGUGUCUGGUGGGGUCCCGUAGGUACCACUUGCCCUUCAGUUCUGUGGAGCCACUUAGUUCUUAGAGGAGGCUGCUGGUUGCUAGAAGAACAGCUAAGCACAUUCCUGAAGGCACGCUCUGGCAAUCAUAAGAUGAACGCAGCUGAGGAGCUGAGGGAGCAGGAGCCUUCAGAAGGCUGGAGGUCUAGGUGGAGUUGUAAACAGAAAUGCUCCUCACACCAGCAAGGUCUCCUGGAGGCAGCCCUUGUCAGUGCUGGAGGUGCUUGCGAAGCAGUGAGGAAAUCAGGGAGGGGAGGACCAUGCUUUAGGAGACCAAAGGGGCUCCUGAGAAAUUGCUUCCAUAGUGAGGUGCCAGUAUGGUGAGCAGUGUGCACCAGAAAAUGUGUAUUGUUUUGUGUGCCCUUCACACCAUGCUAAAGGAAAUUUGAGUUCUGUUCCUCGGAAUUCUCACAAGGACCAGCGAGUUUAGCAUAUCCGUGUAGUCCAGAUUGCAGAGAGGAGGUUCUUCUUGUGGGCUCUGUCUCCUGAGGAUUGUAUUUACACACUAAGACUCAACGUUCCAACUUGAAUGGUACCACACAGAUGUGCCUAUGUAGCAUUUUAUAACAUACGUAUCUGAAGGUCUACCCUCGGGUUCUGUGCCAAGAGAUAGCUCAGGCCUCUUUGCAUAAGGGUUUUCUCCCAAGCCUUUUUCAAAGGCCCUUCCCUUUGCCCUCCUAGCCCCACACCAAGAGUGACCCCAGGGUCUGGUGCUGCUAACUCCUGAACCUUAUUCAGGAGAUUGGUCCAUAGUCCCUCUUUUUCUGCACUUGGUUUAUAUUCAUCUGAUGUGGGUAAAAUUCAUGUAAUUCAGAGCAAAGUCUUCAGUGGACUGUGGUUGCAAACACUUGCAACCCCAACAUUUGGGGAGUGGAGGCAGGAAGAUCAGAACCUCAGUCAUCCUCUACUACAUAGCAUGUUCCAGGCCAGCCUGGGCUACCAAGACAAAACCAAACCAAAAGCCAAGUAAAGUAAAAUUUCAAAAUGGCUACCCAUGAUAGCCCAGUUAGUGACACUUAAUCUGUUUUGUUUUGUUUUUCCUUAUUGUAGUGGAAUAAUUGAAAUCUGGUUGCAUCCUCUUUGCUUCUAAAAAUUAGAGGUUUAAGGGAAACUGGCUGCCUGCACCCCCAGCAGUGUGGCGGUCAAGCCACUGCUGUUGCCAACUGGCUGCUUCCCAGGCGUGCUCACGGUUAGGUGAACACACUCCAUUUCACACCCUACCUGCACAGGCGCUGUGGUCAUUUUUUUGUAUGGACUAAAUGGUAGAGAUCUGUUAGAGUGUCAGGAGCAAUAGGCAGUAAUCAAAAAACAAAAAACAAAAAACGUGCUAUUUAAUCUUUUCUAUGUGUAACGCUUAUGGCAUGAAGACUUUUGUAUUGAAUCAAGAUUUGUAUAUUAACAGGUUCUAAAAUGCCAUAGUGAUUGUUCUUCAGCCACCACUAAGAAAAUUCAAAGUUAAUUUUUUAAUUUACAGAAAAGUUCUCUUUUUAUCUUCAGAAUUGUCUCAUGGUCUAUUUAUACAUUGGAUGAUAUUUAUUUAAUCCAGUUUUGUAUUAGAAAUUGAUAGUGAUGGCAAAAGCCA